AUGAAAGACAAGGAGAACUGGGUAAACAUGUAUGUUUAUAAAUACCCUCACUUUGGAAAUCAUACCUCCAACCGUGCAGAAAGUGCACAUGCUUCCCUCAAGCAUUCUCUUGGUACCUCUUCUGGUAAAUUGAUGACAGUGACACUAAAAGUUGAUGAUUCCGCUUUGCAAUGGACCAAAUUAAUCAUACCUGAAAAAUUGACCAAAGAGUGCAAAUGCCUCUUACAUUACAACUAUCUCCUACCAUGCUAUCAUACACUUGCUACUUUUAAUACAAUUCCAAUCUCCCUAAUUCCAAGACGCUGGAGAAAAGAUUAUCUAGAAGGAGAAGACCACUUGACAAUUAACAACGUAGAACCAGUACCAGCAAACAUUGCUAAAAUAACAACUAUAUCGCCUCAAUUUGAUCACGAUCUUGAGCUUGUUCAUGAAGGCUUUCACAGUACACACAGCAAACAAGAACAAAUAGAUAUACAUAAUUUAGUAAAAAACAUACUAGAAAAAAUGACCAAGCAGAAACUUGAGGAUCUUAAUGGUCCAACAAUAGUGGAAGCUAUCAAAGGCCGACCCAAAAAUACAAAGUGUAAAAUGAUUGCAUUAAAGCACUGCAUUGAAGCUGAAAAAGAAAAAGAUACAAAAAAAAUUAAAAUAGCAAAAGAACAAAAAAAUUUUGCUCUAUUUUCUAGAAAACAAAUAUCCUCAACUCAAGAGCAAAAAGUCUUGCAAAAUAUCAUCAAUCUUGGCUUGCCAAUCGAUCACACAAUAUUAACAAAUCUUACUAUUGCUCCUAAACAUAUAACUGAAGUCUUUUCUCCCGAAGCAGAUGGCAACUGUGGAUAUCAAGCAAUAGCAAUAGAGAUAUAUCAGGACCAGGAGAAAUGGUCUGAAGUUAAAGAAAAUAUGCUAGAAGCCUACUUAAAGUAUCAGCAUAUAUAUUACCAGGGAAGAAUGGAGAAUGGCAACAUGCCUGCAUCCACAAACCCACUCAUAAUCAGUCUCAAAGACAAAAGAUCACCCCUCCCACAGCAACAUUGGUUCGGAACGAUUGACCAUCUACAACUUGUAGCAGAUGGGUUCAAUAGAUCAGUAGCUGUAUAUUGA